AUGAGGCUCCCCCUGGGGCUCGUCCUCGGCGCGCUGCUAGGCGUCGCCCGCGCCGACGUCCACCUCUUCGCCCGCCAGAACAGAGCCACGUCGGCCAGCCCGCCAGCCCGCCCUCCCGUCACCUCGGACGACACGCCGCCCGCGACAUCGGCCCCCGUUAGCCCUAACCCUGGCCCAGGUGCUGGUGGAGGAGGCGGCGGCGAUGUCACCAUCACCUCAACCAUCACCGUCACCUCGGGCGCCGUCUCGACCACGACACAAUGGACCACCGUCACUUCCACCACUACGACCGUCUCGACUGUCUUCUCCACCGCCACCAUCACCGGGUCCAUCACCGGGUCCCAGGCAACCGCCACCUCGACCGUCUUCGAGACGUCGACCGUCCCCGUCGACCAGAACCGGAGGCGCGCCCUCGACCCCCCGACGGCGCCCCGGCUCGCCACUCCCGCUCAAGUCGAAGCUGUACCCACUCGCGCUCCUGUCAGCUCAGGCACGGGUGACGACGACGACGACGACGACGACGACCAAGACGCACCGCGACUUAACCUGCUCGCCAAGCGGGCAACCUCCACCCAGUAUGUCACGUCCACCGCGUCAGCCAACCGUCGCGUCACCGCCACCGCCACUGCCACCUCCUUCUCCUUGGAGAACAGCCUCACCACCAUCGUCGUCACUCAAACGGACCAGCCCAAUGCCCGGACUACAGUCACAGUCACAAGCACCCUCGCCGUCACUUCGACUCGUGUGACGUCCUUGGUCGAGGGAACGCCGACUGAAGUUCCCGGCAGCGAUGGUGGCAGCGGAGCAUCCGGAGCAUCCGGAGCAAGCGGCGACGGGCUGUCGACGGGCGCCAAGGCGGGCAUCGGCGUUGGCGCGGGCAUCGGCGCCCUGGCCCUCAUCGGCGCUGCCGCCUUGUGCUUUCUCCGCCGCCGCAAGAGCCCCAAGCCGGUUCACGACGACUUUAUGGGCGCCUCCGAGGUGCCUGUGGGUGGGCCCGGCGGCCGUGGCUCCGGCUCGCAGCACAUGUCCGAGUCGACGUCGGCCGGCGGCUAUCUAGCCCCCAGCCACAGCCAACACAAGCCCGGCGGCAGUGUCGAGGGGUACCGCGGCACGGCCAUGGGGGAUGGCCGCGCGGGCUACGCCAACAACCUGACCCCCUACGGCGCCGCCUACACUCCGAGCCGCAACACGACCCUGAGCCAGCAGCAGCAGCACCGAAAUAGCACGGCGGGUGACAACCAACUGCCGCGCCACCCGACACCCGGCAACUCGUCCAUUGUCAGCCCGUUGACGCCCGAAACUGCCGAGUUGGGCAACGACAGCGCGGCGGCGGCGGCGUGGAACAAUCCGGGUGCCGCCGAGAUUGACGGGCAACCAGUCAUGAGCCAUCAUAGCGGACCCGUGUACGAGAUGCCCACGCAAAGCUAUCGGUAG